AGGCUCGGCCCGAGCUCGGCGCAGGUUCGCCUCCCGGCCGGCGGGCGCUCGGCGCGGCCGCGGCGCGCGAGGGGAGGCCGCGGCCCCCCUCUCGGGGGGCGUGCCAUGGUCGGCGGCCCGCCCACGGCCAGCGGGGCCGCUCGCCACCAGGCGCUGCUGGAGCGCGAGCUCUUCGCAGGAGGAUUGGAAGAGUCGCUUAUUGUCGAUAGCUUCCUCGAGGACGACAUCCCUGGUCUCCGAAGUGCCUGGAGGACGUGGGAGCGAGACGACGAGAGAUCCGAGAGGGGGUGCAUGGGCGGCAGGAGAUGCGCCGAGAGGAGAUGUACCGACACUCCUUGCUUACUGGUGUUCUUCUUCUCUUGGGUCGGCAUGUUCCUGAUCUUGAUGUACGCGGCCGCACACGGCAACGUCGACAAGGUGACGCACGGCUUCGACUGGUCGGGGGACAUUUGUGGGGUGGACAAGGACGUCAAGAACCAGCCCUAUUUGUACUGGUGCAAGGUCGGGGAGGACGAGCUCUCCGACCCCGUCUGCGUUCAGAGCUGCCCCAGCGGGCCUGGAACGUCCACCCGCUGCCCGGGCAGGGCUUGGGUCAGGAGCAGCAUGACCCCGCUCGCGGAUGGCGCAGAAAACAAGACGGUGAUCGUUACGCGCACGCUCGACAUGGUGCCCGACAUCCACACGCAGGCCGUUUUCAAAUACUGCCUGCCCGUGGGGGAUGGCAAGCUCAUGGACAGCAUCAGCAAGUUUCCCGUCGUGUCCAGCCUCAGCAGCCAGCUGUGGAUGGCGCUGCAGAGCGUCAUGGACGCCAAGCUCUUUCUCCUCGGUGUCGUAGGCUUCGCAGUUGUGUUCAAUUUCGUGUUCCUGGUCCUCGUGCAGGGGUGCAUCAGGCUCCUGAUACACGCGACGUUCUGCACCUUCGUCCUGCUGUUCCUCGCCGCCGGAGCGUGGGGCUUCGCGGCUGGCGUGCCAGAGGACUUCGACAGCGCGGGCUUCCCACACACCAGCUUGACUGAUGCAGUUUCGAGGGUCAUGAAGGACCACCCCCACAUUAAUCCGUUGACCGAGGUCCUUGCGCCAGAAGUGGCGAGGCGGACGGCCUUUGCGAUCGGGUGCCUCGGCCUCCUCUUGGGCUCCGUAGUCGCCUGCUUCUGGUGCCGCGCCUGCACGGCGAUAAGCAGGACAACCGAGGCCGUGAAGGACGCGUGCAGCAUCUUGAGGGAGAGCCCUACGAUCUUUUUGCAGCCUCUGCUUCAGAUCAUCAUCCAGGUGUCAUGCUUGGCCUUUCUUGUUUUCCGGAUGUUGUUGGUCAUCUCUCUUGGAAAGGUGGAGACCACCAGCGCCUUCGAUGUGGACAGCGCCACUUCCAUCGUCGGUAUCCAGGGGACGCUUACCAUAUCCGCUGCAUCACGAGUCUGGCCAGAUGCAUCCAGGGCCCCAAGUGUUGUAGCGUGUUCCGGCUCUACCAGGAGAGUGCGGACGCCGCUUCUGGGGCCAGGAUGGGCAUGGUCAGGCUUGGAUGUGAUGCACCGGCGGCGUUCUCUCAGGCAUUCCCAUCCAAGUGGGUGGUAUGAAUCGCUCCUUCGUGUU